AACUUUAUCUGACUCUCUCUCUCUCUCUACAGUAGAGUAUCUCUCUCUACACUACGAAAUAAGUGAGAGAUCUCUUGGUCUCUGAUGAGGAACUUUCUCUCUAAACACGAGUCUCUCUCUAGAUUUACACUAUAAAAUAAGGGGGAGUUUCUCGCUCCCAGGUUCAGUGGCCCACUCUCUCCCUGUGUCGGAAAUCAAGGGAGUCCUUUCUCUCUCUAGGAGUCCUUUCUCUCUCUAAGGACUAAACGCAAAGCUCGCCAGGUACUUCCCCCCAAAAUCCACUGUGAAUUCCCUCUCUCUCUCGACCCUCGCCAGGUACUUCCCCCCAAAAUCCACUGUGAAUUCUCUCUCUCUCUCUCUCUCUCUCUCGACCCUCGCCAGGUACUUCCCCCAAUAUCCACUGAAUUCGCCAUAUUCUCUCCCUCUCGCUCGAUCGAGUGCCCUAAAUCACCUCUCUCUCUCUCUCUCUCUCCCUGAAUCAUCUCCCUCUCUCCCCCAAAUCAUCUCUCUCUCUCUCUCUCUCUCUUUCGAUCUCUGCUCGGCGCCCUGGAUCACCUCUCACUCUCUCUCUAACUAUCUCAGUUAACUCCCAAUGUUAAGGGAAAUACUCUCUCUCUCUCUCUCUCUGCGCGGCGAAGUGUGUUGCUCUUUGUGAAGCUUGUUAGGGUUUGAUAAAGCUGAUCAGAGACACCAUAUCCAUUGAUUUCAAGGUUGGGACUAUUUACUACUUCAUCAGAGGAAUGUAAAGGUUCCUCUGUUAGGCAGUUGCAAUAUGAUGGAGAGUUGCAACUGCAUUGAGCCGCAAUGGCCAGCGGAUGAGCUCUUAAUGAAAUAUCAGUACAUUUCGGAUUUCUUCAUUGCCCUUGCUUACUUCUCUAUCCCCCUGGAACUGAUUUACUUCGUCAAGAAAUCUGCAGUCUUUCCAUAUAGAUGGGUACUUGUGCAGUUUGGUGCAUUUAUUGUUCUCUGUGGAGCAACUCACCUUAUAAACCUAUGGACUUUUACCAUGCACACAAAAACAGUUGCAGUUGUGAUGACCGUUUCGAAAGUGUUAACUGCUGCUGUAUCAUGCGCAACCGCCCUCAUGCUUGUCCAUAUCAUCCCCGAUCUCUUAAGUGUUAAAACCCGUGAAUUGUUUUUAAAAAACAAAGCCGCAGAGCUUGACAGAGAGAUGGGCCUUAUACGCACUCAAGAAGAAACUGGUCGACAUGUUAGAAUGUUGACCCAUGAAAUAAGAAGCACUCUUGAUAGGCAUACGAUUUUGAAAACCACUCUUGUUGAGUUGGGUCGAACCUUGGCUUUGGAGGAGUGUGCUCUGUGGAUGCCUACACGAACUGGUUUGGAGCUUCAGCUUUCUCACACUUUACGUCAUCAAAACCCAGUUGGGCAUUCUGUGCCCAUUCAACUCCCUGUAAUCAACCAAGUCUUCAGUAGUAAUCAUGCUGUGAAAAUUUCUCCAAAUUGCCCUGUUGCAAGGGUGCGGCCACUUACCGGAAAAUAUAUACCUGGAGAGGUUGUUGCUGUUCGAGUUCCUCUUUUGCAUCUCUCAAAUUUCCAAAUUAAUGAUUGGCCAGAGCUCUCCACAAAGCGCUAUGCAUUGAUGGUUUUGAUGCUACCCUCUGAUAGUGCAAGGCAAUGGCAUGUCUACGAAAUGGAACUCGUUGAAGUGGUCGCUGACCAGGUCGCUGUUGCUCUUUCACAUGCCGCUAUCCUUGAGGAGUCCAUGCGAGCAAGAGAUCUGCUUAUGGAACAAAAUGUUGCCCUAGAUCUAGCUCGUAGAGAAGCUGAAAUGGCUAUACGUGCUCGCAAUGAUUUCUUGGCAGUAAUGAACCAUGAAAUGAGAACUCCAAUGCAUGCAAUUAUAGCUCUAUCUUCACUACUUCAGGAAACAGAAUUGACUUCUGAACAGAGGUUGAUGGUGGAGACUAUAUUAAAGAGUAGUAACUUGUUAGCCACACUUAUCAAUGAUGUGUUGGAUCUUUCAAGGCUUGAGGAUGGAAGUCUUGAGCUUGACUCUGGGACGUUCAACCUUCAUGCAGUAUUCCGAGAGGUCCUAAAUUUGAUAAAGCCCAUUGCAUCUGUGAAGAAAUUGUCAAUGGUAUUGAAUUUGACGCCAGAUUUGCCCGAAUAUGCUGUUGGUGAUGAACAGCGCCUUAUGCAGAUUAUUCUAAAUGUAGUGGGCAAUGCUGUAAAAUUUUCAAAGGAGGGGAGCAUUUCUGUGACAGCUAGUAUUGCAAAAGCAGAAUCUCUGAGAGAUGCCCGGUCUCCUGAAUUUUUCCCUGUCCCAAGCGAUGCUCACUUUUACUUACGAGUGCAGGUAAAGGAUACAGGAACAGGAAUCAACCCUCAAGAUAUUCCAAAGAUAUUUAACAAAUUUGCUCAUACGCAAGCUGCUAAAAAUCAGGGUGGGACCGGACUCGGACUUGCUAUAUGUAAACGGUUUGUCAGUCUUAUGGAGGGACAUGUAUGGCUUGAAAGUGAAGGUGUGGGCAAAGGGUGUACUGCAAUAUUCAUUGUGAAACUUGGAAGCAAAGAUCACACAAAUGAUCAUGAGCAUCAAAAUUUACUUCCAGCCCCAACGAGUUACGUGCGAACAGAUUUUUCUGGAUUGAAAGUGCUUGUUAUAGAUGACAACGGGGUGAACAGGAUAGUGACAAAGGGCCUACUUGUUCGUAUGGGAUGCGAUGUUAUGGUUGUUAGUUCCGGUCAGGAGUGCUUAGAGCUCAUGUCUUCAGGUGGGCAAAAAUUCAAGGUCUUGCUCCUGGAUUUGAGCAUGCCAGGAAUGGAUGGCUAUGAUGUGGCCAGGCACAUUCAAGAUAGGUUUCCCACCAGGCAUGAUCGGCCACUAAUUGUGGCCCUUACAGGCAACACAGAUAGGGCAACAAGAGAUCGGUGCUAUAGGGUUGGUAUGGAUGGGGUUAUACCAAAACCAGUUUCACUUGAUAGGAUGCGGAGUGCUUUAUCUGAGCUCUUAGAGUUCGGCAAUUUAAGGGGGAGCCAAUAGCAGUGGCAUCCAAAGAAGAGAACAGAACUGAUAUGCGUAAUGCAUUUGCAUUAGGACCUGCAUAUCUCAGCAUGAGCACUCUCUGAUGAACAAAAAGUUUUACUGGCUCAAGUGACAAGCAUUCAGAUGGGCUCUAUCAUACUAUUUUCCCGUUGCUCGAGCUGAGAAUAAGUCACGUUGCUUCUUAUUGGAGGGCUCAUACUAUGAGGCUAUUACCCCUUGCUCAAGUUGAAGUAUAACCGUUACGACAUUAUAUAUGGUGUAUUUAUUUGGAGAAGUAGGAUCGAAACGAGGUUAUCGGCUCUUGAAGAUAAUCAGUAAGUUAUCCUUCUAGCUAGAUGUAAGUUUUGUAGCUUUAUUGUAUGAGUUUCUGGGUUUGAUAUGGUGUGUGUAAAUCAUAGGUACCUUUAACUAUAUGCAAGUUAACAACCACUUGGGGUGGGCUCUUUGUUGGUGUGAUUUUGGUCCUCAGAAUGCUAAGGGUAGAGUGUUAACUUGAAGUGAAAUAGAGAGAACAAAGAUGAGUUCUAUAUACUUGUGUCGCGAGAUAUUUCUUCCCCUUGUCGAUAAUGUAACUUCUUCUAAGUUGCUUAUU